AUGGCGAAUGUGACCGAGGAAAGAUUGGAGGGUAUUGAGAUUACGAUGGAGGGAAUGAAGGCUGAAUCGGCGGCGGUACGACGAGACCUACAACAAAUUAUGAAGGCUUUGGGUACGCGUGGCAAUCAAACGGAGGGAAGCUCGGAUGACAGCUCGGUGAACGACAAUCAACAUCGAGUUGUGGGAGGAAACGAAAAUGGAGGAACUAGCGACAGAGGGAUGGAACAGAAACCUUGGCGGAAGAGGGUGGAGUUGCCGACCUUCGAUGGGAAGGAGCCUCUUAGUUGGCUCAACAGAGCGGAGAGAUUCUUUGACAUCCAAAAGGUGACGAACGAUGAGGACAAGGUGGAAGUUGCGUACGUAAGUAUGGAGGGAAGCGCGACGUAUUGGUUUACUUUUUGGAAAGAAAAAGCAAGGAACCGUUCAUGGGACGGUUUGAAGACGGCGAUGAUCAACCGUUUCGGAGGUGAGUUUAGGGGAACAAUUUUUGAGAGGUUGGCUACGUUGAGACAGGAGGGUACGGUAGAAGAAUUCGCUCGCAGUUUUGAGGAGUUGACGGCCCAGACUAGGGGUAUACCUGAGGAGCAAGUACUCGGUUACUUCCUCGCCGGAUUGCGAGAAGAUGUGAAGGGUCAAGUGAGGAUCCAAAACCCACCGGACUUAAUGGAGGCGAUACGGAUCGCACGGGAUGUGGAGGACGCGAUAAUGAGAGCGCAAGGGUUACCUGGGUGGGAUCCGAAUAAACCUACGACAACCCAGAGUGGAAGAACGGAGGGUGGAGGACCAGUGAGAAGAGACGUGGUUACGGCGAACACGAUAUCGACAGGGAGCAGUACGAACGAGGGCGAUAAUCGAGGGAGAGCGGUGAGAAAUUUGCCGUACCCGAAAUUUCUACAAAGGAAAGAAGAGGGGCGUUGUUUUAGAUGUGGAUGUCCCUUCGCACCAGGAAAUCGGUGCCCAGAGAAGAGUUUGAGAGUACUCUUGUUGGCAGAGGAUGAGGAGGCGGACGUUGAUGAGGAAAUUAUCAACCUGGAGGAGAAACCGAUGGAGCUCUCGGCGUGUUCGGCGGAGGGGCUGACGUCCACGAAAACCUUGAAGUUGAAAGGCAUAAUUGGUGACAGAGAGGUCAUAGUGUUGAUUGACAGCGGUGUCAGUCACAACUACAUUAGUAAAGGGCUGACGGAGGAGCUAUGGCUACCGGUGGCAGAUACACUGACGUACUCCGUAAGCUUAGGCGAUGGGUAUAAAAAAUUCACCCAGGGCUGCUGUGAAAGGGUGACUGUGCGAUUGGAGGGGGUCGACGUGGAGGAGGAAUUUUAUGUGUUUGAGUUAGGGGGAGUUGACGUGAUUCUAGGCGUUGCAUGGCUGGCGAAACUGGGAGAGGUGAGAAUGAAUUGGGGUAAAAUGACGAUGGAGUAUUUAGUAGGAGAUAAGAAGAUUCAGAUAAAAGGUGAUCCAACAUUAGCGCGCCAGCUGGUGAAACCAAAGAGCCUUUUGAAGGUAGUGGAUGCUAAGGCAUGGGCGAUGGUUUCGAAUCUAUGCGUAGUGGAGACAGAGGAAACCCGUGAGUGGGAAGCUGAUUUGACGGGAGAGCAGAGUCGUGAACUGGGGAACCUACUACACACGCACUAUCGCCUAUUUCGCGACAUGCAAGGGCUGCCUCCGACACGUAGCAAGGAGCACCACAUUCAGCUGAAGGAAGGUGUCGACCCAAUAAAUGUGCGCCCAUACAAAUAUCUACAUCUCAUGAAAAGCGAGAUUGAGCGUCAGGUAGAAGAUAUGCUUCAGGCAGGGAUUAUCAGGCCCAGUUCGAGCCCAUUCUCCAGUCCGGUCAUCCUUGUGAAGAAGAAGGAUGGGAGCUGGCGCUUUUGUGUUGAUUAUCGAGCUCUAAACAAAGCCAAAGUCCCAUACAAGUUCCCCAUACCUGUAAUUGAGGAAUUGUUGGACGAAUUGAAGGGGGCACGAUACUUCUCGAAGAUCGAUUUGAAGUCUGGUUACCACCAGAUUAGAAUGGAAGAAGGUGACGUGUACAAGACUGCAUUUCGAACACAUUAG